UUUUUCUUUUGAAACGUGAAAAGGUUCACAAUUUUAAAGUAAAUGAAAACUGCUGCUUGGAUGAAUUAUUUAAUGCUAAAAGAAUCUAAUAAUUUAGAGCUAAAAACUAACAUGAUUAAUCGAAUAGCAUCUAAUGCUUGUUCAAACACUUCCGAUUGAACUGGAAAAUCAAUUUUUAAAUCCAAUUAGGCUAUGCUCCAAACGGCUUGUUGCUUAGUUACUUAAUUUCCUCCUCUUGCCAGUCUUUGAAAUUUAAAUUUACGCAUAGUAGAAUAUACAGUAAUGAAUAACAGAAUGGUUUCUAUGGAAAAAACGACUAAAAAACGGCGGAAGACAACAUCAAUGCUAUUACAUCAUGAAGAGAGAGAAUUAGAGAAAUAUAGGCAAAGCUUGGAAAUGGAAAGCAAAGAGAGACUAUCAGCUUUUAGGAGAAGCCAUGAAGUAUUUGUUGGCAAAUAUGGUCAUAAUCUUUUACCAGCUUGGGCUCCGACGGUUUCACAUCAGUUACUUAAUGAUAAGUUCUCGCGAGUUGUUCAUAGUUUUCUUCCGGAAAUACCAAACAGUAGGAAGGUCAGUUUAGUAAGUAGUAGUUUUCCAGUGCCAAAAAGAAAUGUACGGGAAAUUCGUCGAACUAUGAGUAUGACAAACUCGAAACAUUUAGAUUAUACAGAAGAAGAUACAAGAAGAUUAUUGGAUAUUGACAAAUUUCUGAGAAGCUCUCUUCUAACAGAAAGUUUGAAUUUUCAAAACACUAGCAGAUCUAAUAGUAUAGAAUACGAUAGAAAUAAAGAUGGAAAACUCUUUAAAACAGUAGCAAUGAAUGUCAUUAAAAGGCAAAGUGUUACUAGAGCUUUCCUCUCCACACUAGUCGAAGAAUCAGAAGAAGAGGAGAAUAAUGACAACAUUGGACAUUGCUAUUUAAAUGAAGCCUUUAGGACUUUAAAGGAUUGCCGAUAUUUGAGACUACCCACUUUCGAUAAUAAAACUUAAUAAAACUACAAUACUUUUUCUAAUUGAAUAUCUUUUAAUCCUGAAAUAAACUUUGACAGAAAUUUGAUAUUUUUAUGGAUUAUUCUUAUUCCACUCGAAACUGGUGUAAGACUACGAUUUAAUUCAAAUAGAAUAUCAAAAAAAUAGCAAACAAUAUGAUAAUCUUAAAGAAAUCAAAAGAAAUUCAAGUUACGUCUCGUACGAGUCUAAAUUGAAAGACAUUUAUUUGACAUUACGAAAAGGAAGGUCAUGACGAUAUUGUAGAAUGUCAAUACAAAAAUAAAAGCUGAUAAAAGCGAGACGAAAACGUUAAAAAAAUAGAAAGAGAGAGAGAAAGAGAGAGAGAGAGAGAGAGCGAAACUAAAAAUGAAGGCUAUUGCUUUUCAUGUAUUUGUGCUUUAAUUUGCUAAUAGACCUAUUCAGGAAACUUGAUGAAUGCUUAAUCUGAAUACUACAGUAUACUUUGGAUAUAUAAUUAAAA